AUUUUUAGCCUAGCCUAGUACUAGACGUCGUCGAAUAGAAAUAGAGAAACAUUUGGCAAAAACGAUUUAGUUUUUAAUUUUUAUUUUAAAUCAUAAAUUACUUAUGUUUUAAUUACAAUUCUUUAAAUUAAAGAACCACUUCGUAAGAAAGAAAAAAACUUAAACAGAAUUUCUAUCCGCCUUCAUCCAAAUUAGGGAGAGGCUUGGUCGUUGUCGUCGUCGUUGUCGUAUCUCGUACUCGUUGUGUGUUGUGUCUUCGUCGACAUCUUCUAGCAAGUAUCACAUCAUCAUCAAUAAUUUACAGUGAAGAAUUCUUCAAGAGGAAUUUAUUUUAAGUUGAAAGUGUCAAUAAAUUUAUUAUUGAAAUUAUGCCACCCAUCGUCCACACAACGGCAGCUACCAUGUCCCUGGAUACAAUGCAGUGUGCUCGCUGCGCCGAGGGAUUUGAACCACGUGAGAAAAUUGUCAAUUCCAAUGGAGAACUAUGGCAUACUCAGUGUUUUGUAUGCGCUCAGUGCUUCCGUCCAUUUAUCGAUGGAAUCUUCUACGAAUUCGAAGGACGCAAAUAUUGCGAACAUGAUUUUCAAGUUCUAUUCGCUCCUUGUUGUAAUAAAUGUGGGGAAUUUGUUAUUGGACGUGUAAUCAAAGCGAUGUCUGCCAAUUGGCAUCCACAGUGUUUUAGAUGUCAAUUAUGUGCCAAAGAGUUAGCUGAUUCGGGAUUUAUAAGAAAUCAAAAUCGUGCCUUAUGUCACGAGUGUAAUGCCAAGGAGAAGGCUGUUGGAACAGGAAAAUACGUUUGCCAAAAAUGCCACGGCCUCAUUGACGACGAGCCACUACGAUUCCGAGGAGAGGUAUACCAUGGGUAUCACUUUAAUUGCACCUCUUGUGGUGUUGAAUUGGAUUACACUGCCAGAGAAGUCAAAAGUAGGCCUGGUUUUGCAGCUAACGAUAUGAACGAAUUGUAUUGCCUUCGUUGCCAUGAUAAAAUGGGAAUUCCCAUUUGCGGUGCUUGUCGUCGUCCAAUUGAAGAGCGUGUUGUUACUGCCUUGGGUAAACAUUGGCAUGUUGAGCAUUUCGUAUGUGCCAAGUGUGAAAAACCCUUCUUGGGGCAUCGUCAUUACGAGAAGCGUGGUCUGGCUUAUUGUGAAACUCAUUACCAUCAACUUUUUGGCAAUUUAUGUUUCGUUUGUAAUCAAGUUAUUGCUGGAGAUGUUUUUACAGCUUUAAACAAAGCUUGGUGCGUUCAUCAUUUUGCUUGUUCAGUUUGUGACAUGAAAAUGACACAAAAAUCCAAGUUCUAUGAAUACGAUGAGAAACCAGUUUGCAAAAAGUGCUACGAACGUUUCCCCAAUGAGCUACGUCGUCGUUUACGCAAUGCUCAUGAAAUGACAAUGAAAAAGAAUAUUUAAAAGCUUUUUUCUUUUUGUUGUUCAGCUUUAGACGAUUGUUGUUAUUUUUGUUUUCUUUUUUUAUUUUUUUUAACUUAUACUCAAGUCUAAACAAAAAACUAUAACUUACAGAAAACGUGUAACUCUGUUGUGCCUCUCGAAAGUGCCCUUAAAUAUUAUUAAAAAAAAAAGAAAAAUUAUAUAUUUUUUAUAUAUAUAAACUUUAUUUUAUUUUUC